UGCUCCUCACUUCCACAGCACCAGGAAUAAGAGUCUCCUUGUCAGAGGAGCAGAGUGCUGGGCCAGAGCACACACUCUGAGGCCUUUUGGGUGAGACAGCCCACCUCUCCCUCUCGGGGUGUCGGUUUUCCCUCCACCCAGGUGGCAUCAUAAGGUGCCCCAUUUUGGGGACAAGAGGCCAAAGGCUCCAGUCUGCGUGUGACAAGGGAGCGAGGAGCAGCAAACGCUGGAUCUGGCCAUCCUGGAAAGGACCACCCUGCAUCCAGCUUCCUGACCUGUUAGAAGGGCUAGAGCAAGCCCCAAAGAAGGGAAGCUCUGUCCCCAUUCAAAGGAACCAGCUACGGGGACAGAAAAGGCAUUUCUGUGGCUGUGGCUUCUCUCCAAGAUAAAUGCAUCAAGAAAGAGAGGAACUGAAUCCAUGUGAGAUGCAAUGGAGACCCCUGGUAGCACUCCGUCCUCUGUCACUCCCAACUGGAACACAUUUCCCCAACAGAUCUUGGAGGCUGUGGACAUUGUUGUUCUUGUUCUGUACUUUGUAUUCGUCCUGGCGGUUGGAUUGUGGUCCAUGUGGAGGACAAAGCGAAGCACAGUGAAGGGUUAUUUCCUGGCUGGAGGAAAGAUGGUUUGGUGGCCUGUGGGUGCAUCCCUGUUUGCUAGUAAUGUUGGGAGUGGGCAUUUCAUAGGCCUGGCUGGAUCAGGGGCAGCAUCAGGAAUCGCUGCAACGGCGUAUGAGUGGAACGGAAUGUUUUGUGUUUUGGUGCUGGCCUGGCUAUUUCUUCCUAUUUACAUAGCAGCUGGGGUUACAACCAUGCCUGAGUACUUACAGAAACGCUUUGGUGGCAAAAGAAUACAGAUCUUCCUGGCAAUUCUCUAUUUGUUUAUCUAUAUAUUCACCAAAAUAUCAGUUGAUAUGUAUGCUGGGGCCCUGUUCAUUCAGCAAGCCUUACGCUGGGACCUCUAUGUUGCUGUCAUAGGUCUGCUGGCAAUCACUGCUAUUUACACUGUCGCAGGUGGCCUGGCAGCAGUGAUUUACACAGACACUCUGCAGACUGUCAUCAUGCUGGCUGGGGGAUUAACUCUUAUGGGGUUCAGCUUUGUUAAAAUUGGUGGGCUUGAAAGUUUGCAGGCCAAAUACUUUAAAGCCAUUGCUAGUAGCCACAAAGGAAACAGUACCUGUGGCUUACCAAGAGAAGAUGCCUUCCACAUUUUCCGAGACCCUGUCACCUCUGACCUUCCCUGGCCAGGAGUUCUGAUUGGAAUGACCAUCCCAUCUCUCUGGUACUGGUGUACAGAUCAGGUCAUUGUUCAAAGGUCCCUGGCAGCUAAAAACCUCUGUCAUGCCAAAGGAGGUUCGUUGUUGGCCUCCUAUCUGAAAAUUUUGCCUCUCUUCAUGAUGGUGAUGCCAGGCAUGAUCAGCCGGGUUCUCUUCCCAGACCUGGUGGCUUGUGCAGACCCAGAAAUCUGUCGGAAAAUCUGUGGCAACCCAUCUGGCUGUUCUGAUAUUGCUUACCCCAAACUGGUCAUAGAACUGCUGCCUCUAGGGCUCAGAGGUCUCAUGAUGUCGGUGAUGAUUUCAGCACUUAUGUCUUCCCUGACUUCCAUCUUUAACAGCUCCAGCACCAUAUUCACCAUGGAUCUCUGGCGGCACUUCCGGCCCCGUUCUUCUGAGUGGGAACUUAUGCUUGUGGGCAGGGUGUUUGUGCUGCUGCUCGUGGUGGUGUCCAUUCUGUGGAUCCCACUGGUUCAGGCCAGCCAAGGAGGGCAGCUAUUCAUUUACAUCCAGACAAUCAGCUCCUACCUACAGCCCCCUGUGGCCAUGGUUUUCAUCCUGGGCUGUUUCUGGAAGAGAACGAAUGAACAGGGUGCAUUCUGGGGCCUGCUGACUGGCAUGCUGCUGGGCUUCAUCCGGCUGGUGCUGGACUUUAUCUACCUGCAGCCCCAAUGCGGGGAGCCAGACCGACGGCCGGCUGUGGUGAAAUACGUGCACUACCUGUACUUCUCCAUGAUCCUCAGUGUCAUCACGACAGUCACUGUGGUGGUCGUGAGCCUGCUCACAGAACCUCCCUCGGAAGAAAUGAUCAGUCAUCUCACCUGGUUCACACGCUGGGAUCGACCAGCCAAAAAACACCCAGCAGUCAGUACUUCUCCUGAUACUGGAAGUGGUGUAUGUAAGUCUGAAUGUCCGCCUGCCCAGCUCGAUAUUAGCAUUGCUCCUGAAAAUAUUUCCAAUGACAAUACAAGUGUGACUGGUACUCAGAAAAGGUCUAAACUGAAGAGAGUCUUCUUGUGGCUCUGUGGGAUGGAGAGCAAACAAGAACAUCCUCCUGAGAACACAGCUCCUACCAGCCCUGAACAUGCUGUGGCUUCCUUGGAUGAGCAGCCUUCGGUGAAACACAUUCUGAACAUCAACUUGAUACUAUGCAUAUGUGCUGGCAUCUUCCUCUGGGGCUACUUUGCAUAGCAGCUUGCCAGAUGACUCAAGGGACACCGUCAGCUAAUUUUAGGCCCCCAAAUUAAGAGUGGUGUAAAUAAUAAUAAUAAUAAUAAUAAUCAUAUAAUCGGUGAUGGUUCAGUGUGAUUUGUAAUCCAUUCUUACAUUUCAUAGGAAAAAAACUUAAGUAUUUUAGUUACACUUAACAAAGGACUCGCUCCUGAGAGUUUGCUGAAAGGCUUCUUUAUUCUUUGGCUCAGCAAACCAAUGAGAUCGGUCCAGACAGU